UAUUGUUUAUAUGUUUAGAACAAAUGAAUCACUAGUAAUUAAAUUAUCUGUUUUAUAAUAUGUUUGAAACUGUGAACAAAAGUUAAUGAGCUCUAAGAAACAGUAAACCAAAAUUAAAAUAAUUUUUUAUUUGCUUAGGAAAGAACAGCUCUGUAAAUACUUUGCCUUAAUUUUCUUGAAUUUUUCUUUUCCUUUACUGAUUAGCUCAAGUAUAAGGUCAAUGGGGGCUGCUGCGUUAGUCUGUCGACUAAUGUCGAAAUACUUGAGUUCCGACAAGAAUGUAACCAAUGAAGAAAAACUGAGUUUUUACACAUCCGCUUGUGAAGAAGAUCCAGAGCUCAAAUCCUUUGAUUCUUCGCUUGACCAACGACUUAGCAAAUUGAAGAGCUCGCUCAGUACAGGUGGCAAGACUGGAAAUAAUUCCCUAAACGCAGUCAAGUCGGUGUGCGGGUUUCUAGUUGAAGUGAACCAAAAUUUGGCUGAGAACAUUAUCGCCAACAAAGAUUUAUUGAAGAAGGAAGAUCUAAAGUCUUUGGUUGGGCUCUAUUGUGAGAGUUCCACAAGUACUCUAGAUUUAUUUACUACAGUGAGUAACUGCACCAAUAAGGCAAAGUUAAGCAUCGAGAUCAUUCGAGUCGCGAUCCAACAGUUUGAAAAAGAGUCGAUGGACACAAAUUUCGGAGGAGGAAACGUGAAGAAGGCCAAGUAUGCCAAAACGUUAGAGGAGCUGAAUAAGGUUAAAGCUAGGGGAGAUCCUUUUGGUGACGAGUUCAAGGAUAAGUUGAAGUCUGUACGCGCGGAGCACCUUGUGCUUUUAGAGAAGUUAGGUGAGCUGGUGAAGAAGCUUGAAAAAAAACACCAUAGAUUAAAGAGAAAGAGGAAAUUGACGACUAUUGCUUUCGGUUCUGUGGCUGCGUCUAUUUUGGCCAUAGAGGUUUGUGCAUUAGUUGUAGCACCUCAGUUGGCGGUAAAUGGUGCGGUUCAGGGUGCGGCUGGGUUGGGCCAACUGAUGGUAGCUGGAGGAAUAUAUGCCAAUGAUAAGAUGACAACCCGUGAGAAGGAUUUGGAUACACAGAAAGAGGUGGUCAAUAUUAUGUUUGACAGUACGAAUGUCAACAUCCAAGGCACAAAUACGAUAAAUAGCCUAGUCGAGAAACUUAUUGUGAGUCUCUCAUUGAUUUUGGGGUCCGUGGAGCAGGUUAAAAGAGAAGAGGAGGCCGUAAAACCUGUGAUGGAAGCAAUCGUUACGGAAGUGGAUGCGUUUGCUAGUUCAAUUAAGGAUGUUGGUAAAGCUGUGGCUACGUGUAGCUCAUGUGUAGCUUCUGGAAAACUACAAGUCCUGGAAAGCAUAACCAAUUAUUUUUUAAACGCUGGAUAAUUACGUUAUUACAACUAUGAAAAAGCAUAACCAAUUCAGUGUCGAAAGGGAGGUAGUAGCCUUAUCAAUGUUAUUUAUACUUUUAUACUCCAAUGUUUAAGUGUGCGAAAACUCGUAUUUUGUGUGUGAAUCAUUUUUUUUUUCU